AUGAAUUCCGCAGAACUAAGGACUAUGAACGCUCAGGAAUUUAAUAAUGCGGGUCCCGUGAUUGUUCCUCAGAGCUUUGAGAACAUACCCAGGAUGUCCAUUCUAUUUUUAUUAUUUUCUUUAACGACAUGUUUUUCGGCAUAUCUUAUUUUGAGAUGGAAUAAAGUAAAGAAUUAUUGGGCCGAGCGCGGAGUACCCCACUCUCCACCAAACCCAUUCCUCGGUAGUCUUACUUUUAUGCAAAGAAAAAAUGUGGGUAUAUGGAUGCGUGAGAUGUAUGAACAAUUCAAAUCUCCGUACAUAGGAAUCUGGUUAAUAUGGAAACCAGCUUUAAUUAUAAACGACCCAGAUAUUGCUCGGCGAAUAUUAGUUAAAGAUAAUACGAUUUUUAGAGACAGAUAUUUGAGUUCUGGAAGCACCGAUCCUAUCGGAGGAUUAAAUAUAUUUACCAUCAAUGACCCUGAUUGGUCAAAUAUACGACGUAAACUGACAAAUCUGUUCACUGCAGCUAAACUAAGAUUUGUUCAAGCUUUUGCCUUAGUUAAAGCUAAAGAACUCGUGCAGAGAGUGGAUAGAGAUCGGAACAAAAGUCUAGAACUCAAGACUCUUUUUGUUGAUUACACGACAGAUGUGAUUGGAACAUUUGCUUUCGGACUUGAGAGUAACGCAACGCUCACUUCCAAGGGCCCCCUAAGAAAAGUUACGGAUGAUUUCAUGAGGUUUAGCGUAUAUAGAGGGCUUUGUUGGUUUAGUAUAUUUUUUUGGCCAGAUUUGGUCGAUAUAUUCAGGUUUAGCCUCUUUCCAAAAGAGUCAACCGAUUACUUUAAAAAGAUUUACUUAAAUAUAAUGGACCAACGUCUCAAACAUCCAGGCAGCAAACAAUACAAGGAUUUAGUAGAUGCUUUAAUAGAAAUUAGAAAAGAGAGCGAAGAAAAAAAUCAAAACUACCCCGAUGAUCUUUAUCUAGCCCAAGCAGCCAUUGUUCUUCUGGGAGGUUUCGACUCUACUGCCUCAGCUCUCACAUACAUGACGUACGAACUUGCCCAUGAUAGCGAGCGUCAGGAAAAACUAUACAAAGAAUUGAAGGAAGCCGAAAGUAAAAGUGGAGCAAAUUUCGAUGCCCAGACCUUGACAGAUUUGACGUACCUCAACUGUGUCUUCAAAGAAAUUCUGCGAAAAUAUGCACCAAUGGGUUGGCUUGACAGAAUAGCGUCUACCGAUUACAAUAUCGAUGAGAACUUAACUAUCCCAGCAGGAACAGUGAUUUAUGUGAAUGCUAUCGGUAUGCACCAUGACCCCAAAUACUUUCCAGAACCUUACAAAUUUAAUCCUGAUAGGUUUUUACCAGAAAACGAAGGCAACAUCGAACCGUAUACAUAUAUGCCGUUCGGAGAUGGUCCAAGAGUAUGCAUAGGCCAAAGAUUUGCUUAUAUGUCUGCCCGAACAGCUGCAGCUCAGUUGUUCCUUAAAUACAAGGUCAAACCUAUUCCUGGUGCACCAAAACCAAAAGACGUAAAGGUUGAAUCUAAAGGAUUGUUCUUAGGACCAGGCGAGCCAGUGUACGUUGAAUUCAUCCCGAGAACGGAAUGUGAAUAA